GGAUGAAUCUAUGUGGUGAAGAUGGUACCACCCAGAAUCCUGCUAGUAGCUAUCUUCCAGGUAUAUGCCCUCCUCCUUCAGCCUUCUUAGGCUCAAAAUGUGCACUCUGGGAUUGUGCUCGACCAGCACAGGGUGGGUUGGACUUUUGGCAGGUCUAGUGCAGUAGGUUUCAUCAUGACCUAGCCCUGAAUGAAGGCCUCCCGGGAAUGGAACCUGUUCUUAGGCCCGGAGGCAUUGGCCUGAAAGACGGCCUUCUCUUUGCAGCUUUUGGUGCAAAGGCUGAGGGAAAAGAUGUCGGUGUCCCAGAAUGCGAGGGAGCUGCAACCACAAAGUCUCCUUGGAAUGCUCCUGAACUCUUUGAUCUUUCGGUUCUUGAUGGUGAGACAAUCAGGGAGUGGCUCUUCUUUGACAAGCCACGUCGAGCAUUCGAGAGCGGCAACAGAAAGCAAAGGUCGUUGCCUGAUUACAGUGGGCGUGGAUGGCACGAGUCGAGGAAGCAAGUCAUGAACCAUCUAUGCCUCAUUGACAUUCUAAUGAAGGAAAUUCUAAUUUGAUUCCAAAACUCUAAUUUGAUUCAUCAAUUGCU